AAGUUGUAACCUAAUGAUGCAGUGGAUGCUUAGCGCCAGAAGUUCCUGUUAAUCUUAUCUGAUUUCCCCCUCAACCAUCAUAAUUUUUUAGAAUCACCACUGAAAUUCCCAUAUUCAUUCACAAUACAUCGCACAACAUGCGAGGUAAACACAUUAACUUUGAUAUCGUCUCCCGUAUUUGAAUCGUGGCAUCAGGGAGUAUAACUCUUACAUUUAUGGAAAUCAAUUCACUCUUUUGAACGAGCUCGCAGAUUGUGAAGGCUAUAGUUCGAACGCAAGCUCGCGCAGACUCGUUCGAGGUCGAGGUUCAGGAGCUAAUACGUGGUGGCAGAACUGGAAUGUUGCUUACAGCAGUUGGGUUUUCAUGUUCCCAGUGAGAUGCAACGUCUUUCAAUCCAUCGAACACUUCAGCUGACGCCCUCUUAUAUCACUUACGUGCUGACAUCUCACUAGUCCUAGAUUAAUUCAUUCACUCUUCAAAGUCCCAAGCAACCCCAUACCAUCUCGGAAUCUCCAACCGACAGUUGAUGUUUUAUCAAAAGAUAGCACGGUGUUCAUUCCAAACCAUCCAAAUUUCGGUACUCUCAUAAUGGGCAUCAUGCAAUUGAUCAACUCUUGCGAGGCGAUUGUGGCACGGCUAAUGGAGCUACCAUUCGAUUGAUGAUUACGGAUACAGAAGGAGAGACCGAGAUUACAGAACCAGAGGUUGUGUGGCAGAUUGCCUUUCCAGGAGCAGUCCUGAAUAUUCAAGCUCGCAUUGGAAAUAAGGUCGAAGCUAUCACUUCUGAGGUCCGGAUGACACGAGGCGUCGCUUCUGUGCUCUCCAUUCGACCAGUUGAGGUUGAAGAUGUGGAAUCGAAACCUUAGGUAGCCAGAUUACAUGGCCCGGACCUUUUUUCCGCGGCGAAGAAUGCAGCAAUGACCUGGGAAGCAUUAGCCAUAUGGCGAGACAAAAAAUUCGUUUGAAUAUGGGCGUGCAAUUCAUAGGACUCUUUGUGCUAUCAGGGCUGAGUAAUCAGGGCAGACUAAUUAGGGCAGAGUACUAUGAAAGAUGCAAGGCUUUGAGUUUGUGAUAGCCUUUACAAGGUCAGAGUAUUAGAGUCUGUAUUUUGGUGCGUCUCGCUGUAGGGUGUCCCGUAAAAUAAUGAGAAUAUUUUAA